AUGGCGCUCACUCGCAGGAGCGUCGUUUGCUCGGCAGUUUGUCUUGCUCUGCUCGUUGGUCUUGCCUACGCGGGCCAUGAUCAUGAGCAUGUCGAGGCAGUUACUGGUGUUAACACCGAUAACAUGAGUCUUGAAGAGCUUGAUACUCAACUCCAGAAAUGCUCUAUUGUCGAACAACUCAAUGCUUCCAAGCACGCCCAUCAUGCUGCCGCUCCUGAAUCUUUAACAGCGCGUGCCUUCGCUAUUCUCUUCCCCGGUUCUCCCGCCGUCAACGCCCUCCUCGCGACCCUCUACAUCUCCGGUCCUCCCAACUUCCUCCUCGCUCUUUGCCCGACCAACAUCGAUCCCGCUUCUCUGUCUGUUAUGGUUGCUUUUGCUGUGGGAGGUCUCCUCGGUGAUACUCUGUUCCACCUGCUUCCCGAGAUUUUCGUUGGUGAAGACCAUGAUGAGGCUGUCAAGUUCGUGCUUGUCGAGCCUAACCGUAACCUUAUUCUUGGAUUGGGCAUCUUGGUUGGCUUCAUGACCUUUGUCGCAAUGGAUAAGGGUCUUCGAAUUGCUACAGGUGGGGCUGGUCAUGAUCACUCCCAUGGACAUGGUGAUGCGCAUGCCCACUCUCAUGGCGAAGAUAAGGCUAUUUCUUCUGGCGUUGAUGCUGCGGACAGCACUGUCAAGUCUCGCAAGAAGGGUGCUGAAGACAAGGGCGCUGUUGUCGCCAAUGCUGUUGAAAAGCCCGAGAAGGAGAUCAACCCCAGCGUUAAGCUUGGUGGCUACCUUAACCUCAUCGCCGACUUUACUCACAAUAUUACCGAUGGAUUGGCCAUGUCUGCCAGUUUCUACGCCUCUCCUACCAUCGGAGCUACCACCACCGUCGCUGUCUUCUUCCACGAGAUCCCCCACGAGGUUGGCGACUUUGCUCUCCUCAUUCAGUCUGGCUUCUCCAAGCGAGCUGCUAUGGGUUCUCAGUUCAUCACUGCCCUGGGAGCUCUUCUCGGAACGUUGAUCGGUAUUGCUAUCCAGGAGUUUGGUAGCCCUGACAAGGAUGUUCCCAUGGGCCGCCACGACGGUAUCUGGGGAACCAGUCUCUCAUGGGGAGACAUGCUUCUUCCCUUCACAGCCGGUACAUUCCUCUACGUCGGAACCGUCGCCGUCAUCCCUGAGCUUCUUGAGACUGGUCCCAACAAGGCCAAGGAGUUCAAGAACAUGAUCAUCCAGUUCUCAGCCGUUGCUGUAGGCGCUGGCAUCAUGCUGUACAUUUCUUGGCACGAUUAG